AUGUUGAUACCUGCCCUCGUCGCAGCCCUCCUCCUCGGCCGCGGAAGCGAGGCCGCAGUGGCGUACAACUUUACAAACCUCAACUUGACCUACUACUACGACUCGAGCCUCGGCGGCCACCCAGCAUGCGCGGCGCUCAACGGUGGGCUCCUGUGGUCCGUCCCCAUCAUCGAGAACCCGGCCGCGUGCGGCGACAGCAUCAUGUCGAUGCACACGGACAAUGUCGUCGCGCUCAACGUGUCCUGGCUCAACCAGGAUAACAUGGCACAGCGGCCGAACCUGUGUGGGCGAGAAAUCCAGAUCUGGAAAGACGGCAGGCAACUGCCCCUCGGCAAACUCUUCCUGUGGGAAGGCUGCGCCGCGUGCCAGACCAUGCCGCGCGCCGACGUCAGUGUCUCGACCUUAUAA